UAAAGAAGAGUGCAAAGGAAGGUCGUCUAGCUUGAAUAAGUGGAGUGAAAGGAGGGUGAGAGAGAAGCUCCUUAGCAGCAGGCCCCUGGUGCUUCUCCAAGCUGCCUGCUUUAAGGAGCAGGUUGGGCUGCUAUUGUUGCCUAUUUUUAUUAGGAGGUUGUUGUGCAAUUAAAAAAGAGUUGUGUUUUAUGUUCUUGUGAGAGCUAGAGCUUGAGCUUGAGCUUGGGGCUUCCUUCAUCUGUAAUUUUUAUUCUUUUGGGUUCCUCAUUAUUUUUGAUAAUUGUAAUGUGUUAUUUUGUUUUUGCCUUUCAACUUGUUUAUCAAAGGCAUUGUGGCCUAUGUGAAGUUCCACACUUGACUACAAUUGCCCAAUUUGAGGGUUUUGAUGAUAGUUAGUUACUUCUCGAGGGGGUUGGCUACUUAAAGAAAAAGAUGUGGUGGUCAGCCGAUUCCUCUAUGAUGAUAGUGAUGAUAGUAAUUGAUGAUUGAUUGUUACCAUAUAUAUGUAAAAUAGUAAACUAGAAAACUAAAAUCGGUUUAGAUACAGAAAACAAGUGUAUAGAAGAAGAAGAAGAAGAAGUAAACGAAAAGGGAGAAAUAAAGAAGAGAGAGUCCGGUUGCACAAAGAGACUUUCCAGCCAUUGUUUCGAGUCAGGUCAGGAAGAUGAUGGGCGGCAAAGGCAAUAGCGUUUUCUCUCUCUCUCCCAACCCUAAUCAUCUCUGCAUCUCGAUGGAAGAUGGGUCUCAGAGCAGCGAGCAGCUGGUUGUAGAUGAUGACGAUGAUGACCUUCCUCCAAUCGACGACACCCCUGAUCUCGAUAUUGACCUUGAAGAAGAAGAAGAAGAAGAAACUCGACGCGACGAAAAGUGUUUCAUGGCUCCCCCUGCUCCUGGAAUGGAAUUCGACUCCUACGAUGAUGCUUACAGUUUCUACAACUCGUACGCCCGUGCUCUCGGUUUUGCUAUCCGCGUCAAAUCUUCUUGGACUAAGCGCAACAGCAAGGAGAAACGUGGUGCUGUCUUGUGUUGCAACUGCCAAGGUUUCAAGUUGCUUAAGGAUGCUUCCUCCCGCCGUAAGGACACCCGAACCGGUUGCCAGGCCAUGAUUCGCCUUCGUCUUAUCCAAUUCGAUAGAUGGAAAGUUGAUCAAGUCUACCUCCACCACAACCACUCCUUUGAUCCUCACCGAGCCCACAAGAAAUCCUCCUCUGCUGCAACUAAGACGACACUACCCCAACCACCUCUCCAUGUCCAAGUCCGGACCAUCAGAUUGUAUCGAACCCUUUCCCUUCACACUCCACCCACCCAUCCUCUCUUCCAAUCUUCUAGGCGUUUGGAGCUCAGAGGAGGUUUUAGGGCCCUGCAGGAUUUCUUCUUCCAAAUUCAGCUUACCAGCCCCAACUUUCUUUACCUCAUGGAUCUUGCCGAUGACGGCUGUCUCAGGAAUGUCUUCUGGAUCGACGCUCGUGCUAGGGCUGCAUACUCUCACUUUGGCGACCUUCUUCUGUUCGACACCACAUGCUUAUCCAACGCAUACGACCUUCCCCUUGUCGCCUUUGUUGGAAUUAACCACCAUGGAGAUACAAUCUUGCUCGGCUGUGGUUUGGUUGCUGACCAGAGCUUUGACACCUAUGUCUGGCUCUUCAGAGCGUGGCUAACCUGCAUGUUAGGCCGUCCCCCCCAGACCUUCAUCACACAACAGUGCAAGGCAAUGCGGACCGCAGUCUCUGAAGUUUUUCCAAGGGCUCAUCAUCGUCUUAGCUUGACCCACGUCUUGCACAACAUCUUUCACAGCGUUGUCCAACUUCAAGAUUCUGACUUGUUCCGUAUGGCACUGAACAGAGUAGUCUACGGUUGUCUCAAGGUCGAAGAAUUUGAAAUAGCUUGGGAAGAGAUGAUCAUUCGGUUUGGGCUGACAAAUAACGAGACCAUCCAGCACAUGUUUCAAGAUCGAGAACUGUGGGCUCCAGUUUACCUCAAGGAUACAUUUUUGGCCGGGGCGCUGACUUUUCCACUGGGAAAUGUGGCAGCCCCGUUCAUCUUCAGUGGCUAUGUUCAUGAGAACACAUCCCUUAGAGAAUUCCUUGAAGGGUACGAAUCUUUUCUGGAUCAAAAGUACACAAGAGAAGCCUUGUGCGAUUCAGAGUCCUUAAAGUCAAUCCCCGAGCUCAAAACAACUCACCCCUACGAGUCUCAGAUGGCAAAGGUCUUCACAAUGCAGAUAUUUAGAAGGUUCCAAGACGAGGUCUCGGCAAUGUCUUCAUGUUUUGGAGUAACGCAAGUCCACUCAAACGGGUCGGCCUCCUCGUACGUGGUGAAAGAGAGGGAGGGAGAGAAAGUGAGAGACUUUGAGGUCAUCUACGAGACAAGUGCAGCAGCACAAGUACGUUGCUUCUGUGUCUGUGGUGGUUUCAGCUUCAAUGGCUACCAAUGCAGGCAUGUGCUCCUACUACUCAGCCACAACGGCUUGCAGGAAGUCCCGCCUCAGUAUAUACUGCAACGGUGGCGGAAGGACGUGAAACGUCUCUAUGUGGCGGAAUUUGGGUCAGGUCGUGUGGACAUAAUGAAUCCGGAUCAAUGGUAUGAGCAUUUGCACAGAAGAGCGAUGCAGGUUGUCGAACAAGGGAUGAGAUCGAAAGAGCAUUGCAGAGCUGCCUGGGAAGCGUUUAAAGAGUGUGCUAAUAAGGUCCAAUUUGUGACAGAGAAGCCUUCUUAGAUACUUACUUACCACUGUCGUUGUACGAGAUGAUUAGAAUCUAUAAUCAUAUUAUACAGGGUUCUACCAGUAAUUAGGAUGGAUUAAAGCAAAUCUUGUACUGUUGUAAUAGAUCCCAGUGAACAAAUUGUGGUUACUUUUUACAGGUUCCUAAAUUUAUGACAUUUUCAAAACUUCUUGUA